GAGCGGCGCCGAAGAGGCGGCGGCAGCGGCGCCGGCGCCCGGGGCUCCGGCAACCGGGGUGGACACGACCCCGGGCUGGGAGGUGGCAGUGCGGCCUCUGCUGUCCGCGUCCUACUCCGCCUUCGAGAUGAAGGAAUUGCCGCAGCUGGUGGCCUCAGUCAUCGAGAGUGAGUCAGAAAUCCUGCACCACGAGAAGCAGUACGAGCCAUUCUACUCAUCUUUUGUUGCACUUUCCACACACUAUAUCACAACAGUUUGCAGCCUCAUUCCCCGAAACCAGCUUCAGUCGGUGGCUGCAGCCUGCAAAGUCCUCAUAGAGUUUUCUCUCUUGCGUCUGGAGAAUCCAGAUGAGGCUUGUGCUGUGUCCCAGAAACACUUGAUCCUCCUAAUCAAGGGCCUGUGCACUGGCUGUAGUCGACUAGAUAGAACUGAAAUUAUCACAUUUACUGCAAUGAUGAAAUCUGCCAAGCUGCCACAGACAGUGAAGACACUCUCAGAUGUGGAAGAUCAGAAAGAGUUGGCCUCACCAGUAAGCCCUGAACUGAGGCAGAAGGAGGUACAGAUGAAUUUUUUGAACCAGCUGACCUCAGUUUUCAACCCAAGAACUGUAGCAUCACCUCCCAUCAGCCCACAGACGAUGGUCGAAGGAGAAAAUGAUGAGCAGUCAUCUACAGAUCAAGCCUCUGCUAUCAAAACCAAGAAUGUGUUCAUAGCUCAGAAUGUGGCUAGUCUUCAAGAACUUGGUGGCUCAGAGAAGCUACUGCGUGUGUGUUUGAAUCUGCCGUAUUUCCUGCGCUACAUCAAUCGGUUCCAAGAUGCAGUGUUGGCCAAUUCUUUCUUCAUCAUGCCUGCAACAGUGGCAGACGCCACUGCUGUUCGUAAUGGUUUUCAUUCACUGGUGAUUGAUGUAACUAUGGCAUUGGAUACCCUCUCUCUACCUGUGUUGGAACCUCUCAACCCUUCUCGUCUGCAAGAUGUGACAGUCCUCAGCCUAAGUUGUCUGUAUGCAGGUGUGAGUGUGGCAACCUGCAUGGCCAUCCUUCAUGUGGGUAGUACCCAGCAAGUGCGCACAGGCUCCACGAGCUCCAAAGAAGACGACUAUGAAAGUGAUGCUGCUACCAUUGUCCAGAAAUGUCUGGAAAUCUAUGACAUGAUUGGACAAGCAAUCAGCAGCUCCCGCCGGGCUGGCGGUGAGCACUAUCAGAACUUCCAAUUGCUGGGUGCCUGGUGCUUGUUAAACAGCCUUUUCCUCAUAUUGAACCUCAGUCCUACUGCGUUGGCUGAUAAGGGGAAGGAGAAAGAUCCGCUGGCUGCCCUGCGAGUCAGAGACAUCCUUUCUCGGACCAAAGAGGGAGUGGGCUCUCCUAAACUGGGACCUGGAAAAGGGCAUCAGGGAUUUGGGGUGCUCUCAGUAAUAUUAGCAAACCAUGCCAUCAAACUGUUAACAUCACUUUUUCAAGACCUGCAAGUGGAGGCUCUUCACAAGGGCUGGGAGACAGAUGGUCCUCCUGCGGCCCUGAGCAUUAUGGCCCAAAGCACCUCCAUACAGAGAAUUCAGCGUCUGAUUGACUCUGUCCCCUUGACCAAUCUACUCUUGACGUUGCUUUCAACUUCCUACAGAAAGGCCUGUGUCCUGCAGCGGCAGAGGAAGGGUUCCAUGAGCAGUGAUGCCAGUGCCUCCACUGACUCAAACACCUACUACGAGGAUGAUUUCAGUAGCACGGAGGAGGACAGCAGCCAAGAUGAUGACAGUGAGCCUAUUUUGGGGCAGUGGUUUGAGGAGACCAUCUCCCCUAGUAAAGAGAAAGUGGCGCCUCCACCUCCUCCACCACCUCCUCCACUGGAGAGCUCUCCCCGGGUGAAAAGUCCCAGUAAGCAAGCCCCCGGGGAGAAGGGCAACAUUUUGGCUAGUCGCAAAGAUCCUGAGUUGUUCUUAGGUCUGGCUUCCAACAUUUUGAACUUCAUCACUUCUUCCAUGCUGAACUCUCGAAACAAUUUUAUCCGGAACUAUCUGAGUGUGUCUCUUUCAGAACACCAUAUGGCCACCCUGGCCAGUAUCAUCAAGGAGGUGGACAAAGAUGGACUCAAGGGUUCCUCAGAUGAAGAGUUUGCUGCAGCUCUCUACCACUUCAACCACUCUCUGGUAACUUCUGACCUUCAGUCACCUAACCUGCAGAAUACACUGUUGCAGCAGCUUGGAGUCGCUCCCUUUUCUGAGGGCCCUUGGCCCUUGUACAUUCACCCUCAAAGCCUCUCUGUGCUCUCACGCCUCCUGCUCAUCUGGCAGCAUAAAGCCAGCGCCCAGGGUGACCCUGAUGUCCCUGAAUGUCUUAAAGUUUGGGACAGGUUUUUGUCCACAAUGAAGCAGAAUGCCUUGCAGGGGGUGGUUCCCAGUGAGACGGAAGAUUUGAAUGUAGAACACUUGCAGCUGCUCCUCCUCAUCUUCCACAACUUCACAGAGAAAGGCCGGCGGGCCAUACUGACCCUCUUCGUGCAGAUCAUCCAGGAGCUGAGUGUUGACAUGGAUGUCCAGACGCGCUCCGUGCCGCUCAUCCUGGCGCGCCUCCUGCUGAUCUUCGAUUACCUGCUGCACCAGUACUCCAAAGCUCCUGUGUAUUUGUUUGAACAGGUGCAGCAUAACUUGCUAAGUCCUCCUUUUGGGUGGGCCAGUGGAUCCCAGGACAGCAACAGCCGCCGGACAACCACCCCUCUCUAUCAUGGGUUCAAAGAAGUAGAAGAAAACUGGUCUAAGCAUUUCUCAUCAGAUGCUGUCCCACAGCCCAGAUUCUACUGUGCCCUCUCUCCAGAAGCCUCAGAGGAUGAUUUGAACCGACUGGAUUCUGUGGCAUGCGAUGUUCUUUUCUCCAAGCUGGUGAAGUAUGAUGAGCUUUACACUGCACUAACGGCCCUGCUUGCUGCUGGGUCCCAGCUUGAUACAGUCAGGAGGAAGGAGAGCAAGAAUGUAACAGCCCUGGAGGCUUGUGCCCUUCAGUAUUACUUCUUGAUAUUGUGGAGGAUCCUAGGAAUUUUACCACCGUCAAAGACGUAUGUGAACCAGCUGGCUAUGAACUCGCCCGAGAUGAGCGAGUGUGACAUCUUACACACCCUGCGAUGGUCUUCCCGCCUCCGGAUCAGCUCCUAUGUCAGCUGGAUAAAGGAUCAUCUUAUCAAGCAGGGCAUGAAAGCGGAACAUGCGAGCUCUCUCAUAGAGCUGGCAUCUACCAAAUGUAGCUCAGUGAAAUACGAUGUUGAAAUUGUGGAGGAAUACUUUGCUCGGCAGAUCUCAUCAUUCUGUAGCAUCGACUGCACCACCAUCUUGCAGCUCCAUGAAAUCCCAAGUCUUCAGUCCAUCUAUACGCUUGGCGCGGCCAUCUCCAAGGUCCAAGUCUCUUUGGAUGAGCACUUUUCUAAGAUGGCCGCUGAGACGGAUCCUCAUAAGUCAUCUGAGAUCACCAAGAACCUCCUUCCUGCCACUCUGCAGCUCAUCGACAUCUACGCGUCGUUCACCAGAGCCUAUUUGCUACAGAACUUUAAUGAAGAGGGAACCACUGAAAAGCCUUCCCAGGAGAAACUGCAUGGCUUUGCUGCUGUUUUGGCUAUUGGGUCGAGUAGGUGCAAGGCGAACACUCUGGGUCCAACACUGGUUCAGAAUCUGCCAUCAUCGGUGCAGGCUGUGUGUGAGUCCUGGAGCAGCAUCAGUACCAAUGAGUUCCCCAACGCUGGGUCCUGGCGCAAUGCCUUUGCCAACGACACCAUCCCAUCAGAGAGCUACAUCAGUGCUGUGCAGGCUGCUCACCUGGGGACUCUCUGUGGCCAAAGCCUGCCCCUGGCUGCUUCCUUGAAGCAUACCCUGCUCUCGCUGGUCAGGCUGACAGGAGAUCUCAUCGUUUGGUCCGAUGAGAUGAACCCACCACAGGUGAUCCGGACCUUAUUACCCCUUCUUUUGGAGUCGAGCACUGAGAGUGUUGCUGAGAUCAGUAGCAAUUCCCUGGAACGCAUUUUGGGCCCUGCAGAGUCUGAUGAGUUCCUGGCUCGUGUGUAUGAGAAGCUGAUUACUGGUUGUUACAACAUUCUGGCCAAUCACGCAGAUCCCAAUAGUGGACUAGAUGAAUCCAUCUUGGAGGAGUGUCUUCAGUAUUUGGAAAAGCAGCUGGAAAGCAGCCAGGCUCGUAAAGCUAUGGAAGAGUUUUUCUCUGACAGUGGAGAACUUGUGCAGAUCAUGAUGGCAACAGCCAAUGAGAACCUCUCUGCUAAAUUCUGUAACCGAGUUUUGAAAUUCUUCACCAAACUCUUCCAGCUGACUGAGAAGAGCCCUAACCCGAGCCUUCUGCAUCUCUGUGGCUCUCUGGCACAGCUGGCUUGCGUGGAGCCUGUGCGUCUGCAGGCCUGGCUCACCCGCAUGACGACGUCACCCCCAAAAGAUUCCGAUCAGCUGGAUAUAAUUCAGGAGAACCGGCAGCUGUUGCAGUUACUGACCACAUACAUUGUUCGGGAAAACAGCCAAGUUGGGGAAGGUGUAUGUGCUGUUCUUCUUGGUACCCUGACCCCGAUGGCAACAGAGAUGCUGGCCAAUGGUGAUGGGACUGGCUUCCCUGAGCUCAUGGUUGUCAUGGCCACCCUGGCAAGUGCAGGUCAAGGUGCUGGUCACCUGCAGCUCCAUAAUGCUGCCGUGGACUGGUUAAGCAGAUGUAAGAAAUACCUGUCACAGAAGAAUGUGGUUGAGAAACUGAAUGCCAAUGUAAUGCAUGGAAAGCAUGUGGUCAUCUUGGAGUGCACGUGCCAUAUUAUGUCUUACUUAGCUGAUGUCACCAAUGCCCUGAGCCAGAGUCAUGGUCAAGGCCCAAGUCACCUCUCAGUGGAUGGGGAAGAACGUGCCAUUGAGGUGGACUCAGACUGGGUAGAGGAGUUGGCAGUGGAAGAGGAAGAUUCUCAGGCUGAGGACUCAGAUGAAGAUUCUCUUUGCAAUAAACUGUGCACUUUUACGAUAACACAGAAAGAAUUCAUGAAUCAGCAUUGGUACCACUGUCAUACCUGUAAAAUGGUUGACGGGGUCGGUGUGUGUACGGUAUGUGCCAAGGUGUGCCACAAGGAUCAUGAGAUUUCCUAUGCCAAGUAUGGAUCCUUCUUCUGUGACUGUGGAGCCAAGGAAGAUGGCAGCUGUUUGGCACUGGUGAAGAGAACUCCCAGCAGUGGCAUGAGCUCUACCAUGAAGGAAUCGGCAUUUCAGAGUGAGCCCAGGGUCUCAGAGAGUCUGGUCCGCCAUGCCAGCACCUCAGCAGCUGACAAGGCCAAGGUCACCAUCAGUGAUGGGAAGCUUGCCGAUGAAGAGAAGCCUAAGAAGAGCAGCCUGUGUCGUACAGUAGAGGGCUGCCGGGAAGAGCUGCAGAACCAGGCCAAUUUCUCCUUCGCUCCUCUUGUGCUGGACAUGCUCAAUUUCCUCAUGGAUGCCAUUCAGACCAACUUUCAGCAGGCUUCGGCUGUGGGGAGCAGCAGCCGGGCCCAGCAGGCCCUCAGUGAGCUGCAUACCGUGGACAAGGGGGUUGAGAUGACAGACCAGCUGAUGGUUCCCACCCUAGGCUCCCAGGAAGGUGCCUUUGAGAAUGUUCGCAUGAAUUACAGUGGAGACCAGGGCCAGACUAUUCGGCAGCUGAUCAGCGCCCAUGUGCUUAGGCGUGUGGCUAUGUGUGUGCUCUCCUCCCCCCAUGGGCGUCGCCAGCAUUUGGCUGUGAGCCACGAGAAGGGCAAGAUCACUGUUCUACAGCUGUCUGCACUCCUGAAGCAAGCUGAUUCCAGCAAAAGGAAGUUGACUCUGACCCGCUUGGCUUCUGCCCCAGUUCCCUUUACCGUGCUGAGCCUCACAGGAAACCCCUGCAAGGAGGACUACCUGGCAGUUUGUGGACUAAAGGAUUGCCACGUGCUCACCUUUAGUAGCUCAGGCUCUGUUUCGGAUCACUUGGUGCUGCACCCCCAGUUGGCAACGGGGAACUUCAUUAUCAAAGCCGUGUGGUUACCUGGUUCCCAGACCGAGUUAGCAAUCGUCACUGCAGACUUUGUCAAGAUUUAUGACUUGUCUGUUGAUGCCUUGAGUCCAACCUUCUACUUUCUUCUACCGAGCUCAAAGAUAAGAGAUGUUACGUUCCUCUUUAAUGAGGAAGGAAAGAACAUCAUUGUUAUAAUGUCUUCGGCCGGGUACAUCUAUACUCAACUCAUGGAAGAGGCCAGUAGUGCCCAGCAGGGACCUUUCUAUGUCACUAAUGUGCUGGAGGUCAAUCACGAGGACCUGAAGGACAGUAACAGCCAGGUGGCAGGCGGUGGUGUGUCCGUCUACUACUCCCACGUGUUGCAGAUGCUGUUCUUCAGCUACUGCCAGGGCAAAUCGUUUGCAGCUACCGUCAGCAGGACGACACUGGAGGUGUUGCAGCUCUUCCCCAUCAACAUCAAAAGUUCCAACGGUGGCAGUAAGACUUCUCCUGCCCUUUGUCAGUGGUCAGAGGUGAUGAACCACCCUGGCUUGGUGUGUUGUGUGCAGCAAACAACAGGUGUGCCACUAGUAGUCAUGGUGAAACCAGAUACUUUUCUCAUCCAGGAGAUUAAGACUCUGCCUGCUAAAGCAAAGAUCCAAGACAUGGUUGCUAUCAGGCACACGGCCUGCAACGAGCAGCAGCGGACGACGAUGAUCUUGCUAUGUGAGGACGGCAGCCUGCGCAUCUACAUGGCCAACGUGGAGAACACCUCCUACUGGCUCCAGCCAUCCCUGCAGCCCAGCAGUGUGAUCAGCAUAAUGAAGCCUGUUCGGAAGCGCAAAACGGCUACAAUCACAACCCGCACCUCUAGCCAGGUGACUUUCCCCAUUGACUUCUUUGAACACAACCAGCAGCUGACGGAUGUGGAGUUCGGUGGUAACGACCUCCUGCAGGUCUAUAAUGCGCAGCAGAUAAAGCACCGGCUGAAUUCUACCGGCAUGUAUGUGGCCAACACCAAGCCCGGCGGCUUCACCAUUGAGAUAAGUAACAACAACAGCACUAUGGUAAUGACAGGCAUGCGGAUCCAGAUUGGGACCCAGGCGAUUGAACGGGCUCCGUCAUACAUCGAGAUCUUCGGCAGAACUAUGCAGCUUAACCUGAGUCGCUCACGCUGGUUUGACUUCCCCUUCACUAGAGAAGAAGCCUUGCAAGCUGAUAAGAAGCUGAGCCUCUUCAUUGGGGCCUCGGUGGAUCCAGCAGGUGUCACCAUGAUAGAUGCUGUAAAAAUUUACGGCAAGACCAAGGAGCAGUUCGGCUGGCCUGAUGAGCCCCCUGAAGAAUUCCCUUCUGCCUCCGUCAGCAACAUCUGUCCUUCUACCCUAAGCCAGAGUAAUGGCACUGGAGAUAGUGACUCGGCUGCCCCUGCCACAGCCAGUGGAACCGUCCUGGAGAGUUCUGAAACUGAGUCCCUAACCAAGCUGGACCGGCUGGUUGUGAGUUCUUUAGAAGCCCUGGAAAGCUGCUUUGCUGUUGGCCCAAUCAUCGAGAAGGAGAGAAACAAGAAUGCAGCUCAGGAGCUGGCCACUCUGCUGCUGUCCUUGCCAGCACCUGCCAGUGUUCAGCAGCAGUCCAAGAGCCUCCUGGCCAGCCUGCACACCAGCCGCUCGGCCUAUCACAGCCACAAGGAUCAGGCCUUACUGAGCAAAGCUGUGCAGUGUCUGAAUGCAUCCAGCAAAGAAGGCAAGGACUUGGACCCCGAGGUGUUCCAAAGGCUGGUGAUUACAGCUCGGUCCAUUGCCAUCAUGCGCCCUAACAACCUUGUCCACUUUACGGAGUCAAAGCUGCCCCAGAUGGAAACAGAAGGCAUGGAUGAGGGGAAAGAACCACAGAAGCAGUUGGAAGGGGAUUGCUGUAGUUUCAUCACCCAGCUCGUGAACCACUUCUGGAAACUGCAUGCAUCCAAGCCCAAGAACGCCUUCUUGGCCCCUGCCUGCCUACCAGGCCUAACUCAUAUCGAAGCUACCGUGAAUGCUCUGGUAGACAUUAUCCAUGGCUACUGUACCUGUGAGCUGGACUGUAUUAACACAGCAUCCAAGAUCUACAUGCAGAUGCUGCUGUGUCCUGAUCCUGCUGUGAGCUUCUCUUGUAAACAAGCUCUAAUUCGAGUCCUAAGGCCCAGGAACAAACGGAGACACGUGACACUGCCCUCUUCACCACGCAGCAACACUCCAAUGGGAGACAAGGAUGAUGAUGACGAUGAUGACGCAGAUGAGAAAAUGCAGUCAUCAGGGAUCCCGAAUGGUGGUCACAUCCGUCAGGAAAGCCAGGAACAGAGUGAGGUGGACCAUGGAGAUUUUGAAAUGGUGUCUGAGUCGAUGGUCCUGGAGACAGCUGAGAAUGUCAACAAUGGCAACCCCUCUCCCCUGGAGGCCCUGCUGGCAGGCGCAGAGGGCUUCCCCCCAAUGCUGGACAUCCCACCUGAUGCAGAUGACGAGACCAUGGUUGAACUAGCCAUUGCCCUGAGCCUGCAGCAGGACCAGCAAGGCAGCAGCAGCAGUGCCCUGGGCCUGCAGAGCCUGGGAUUGUCCGGCCAGGCACCCAGUUCUUCCUCUCUGGACGCAGGAACCCUCUCUGACACCACAGCAUCAGCUCCAGCCUCAGACGACGAAGGCAGCACAGCAGCGACUGAUGGUUCCACCCUUCGGACCUCUCCUGCUGACCACGGUGGUAGUGUGGGCUCGGAGAGCGGGGGAAGUGCAGUGGACUCGGUGGCUGGCGAGCACAGUGUAUCUGGCCGGAGCAGUGCUUAUGGCGAUGCCACAGCCGAGGGGCAUCCGGCUGGCCCUGGAAGUGUCAGCUCAAGCACUGGCGCUAUCAGCACCACCACCGGGCACCAGGAGGGAGAUGGCUCAGAAGGAGAAGGAGAAGGGGAAGCUGAAGGAGACGUCCACACUAGCAACAGGCUGCACAUGGUCCGUCUGAUGCUGUUGGAGAGAUUACUGCAGACCUUGCCCCAAUUACGAAAUGUUGGAGGUGUCCGGGCCAUCCCGUACAUGCAGGUCAUUCUGAUGCUCACGACCGACCUGGAUGGAGAGGAUGAGAAAGACAAGGGGGCCCUUGACAACCUGCUGUCUCAGCUCAUUGCUGAACUGGGCAUGGAUAAAAAGGAUGUGUCCAAGAAGAACGAGCGCAGCGCCCUGAAUGAAGUCCAUUUGGUAGUCAUGAGACUCCUGAGUGUCUUCAUGUCCCGCACCAAAUCUGGAUCCAAGUCUUCCAUUUGUGAGUCGUCCUCCCUCAUCUCCAGUGCCACAGCAGCAGCCCUGCUGAGCUCUGGGGCUGUGGACUACUGCCUGCAUGUGCUCAAGUCACUGCUGGAGUAUUGGAAGAGCCAGCAGAAUGAUGAGGAACCAGUGGCGACCAGCCAGUUGCUGAAACCACAUACCACUUCAUCUCCACCCGACAUGAGCCCAUUCUUUCUCCGCCAGUAUGUGAAGGGUCAUGCUGCUGAUGUGUUUGAGGCCUAUACUCAGCUUCUGACAGAGAUGGUCUUGAGGCUGCCAUACCAGAUCAAAAAGAUUGCUGACACCAAUUCUCGAAUCCCACCCCCUGUCUUUGAUCAUUCGUGGUUUUACUUUCUCUCAGAGUACCUGAUGAUCCAGCAGACGCCAUUCGUGCGCCGCCAAGUCCGCAAACUUCUGCUCUUCAUCUGUGGCUCAAAGGAGAAGUACCGCCAACUCCGGGAUUUACACACCCUGGAUUCCCACGUGCGUGGGAUCAAGAAGCUGCUAGAAGAGCAGGGAAUAUUCCUUCGGGCAAGCGUGGUCACAGCCAGCUCAGGUUCUGCCCUGCAGUAUGACACACUCAUCAGCCUGAUGGAGCACCUGAAAGCCUGUGCAGAGAUUGCUGCCCAGCGGACCGUCAACUGGCAGAAGUUCUGCAUCAAAGACGACUCUGUCCUGUACUUCCUGCUCCAAGUCAGUUUCCUCGUGGAUGAAGGGGUGUCCCCAGUGCUGCUGCAGCUGCUCUCCUGUGCACUGUGUGGCAGCAAAGUGCUCGCUGCUCUGGCGGCCUCUGUAGGGUCCUCUUCCAGUGCUGCUUCCUCCUCAGCCCCUGUGGCUGCCAGUUCGGGGUGUGGUGCUUGUUUGGUCUAA